UAUUCCAUGUUUUCAAUAGAACGUCUACGUCCCUUCCUUGUCACGUGACCGAUUUUAAAUCACUCGUACCCGUAAACUUAUAUCCGCUGCAUAGGAGUGAGGAAAUUUGAAAGAUUUGGUUACCACGUUUUCGAAAAUGCCGCGAACGAAGUAUGCACGAAAUAAAAGUAAAGCGGCAAGCGAUUCAAAAGACUACGAUAUUAUGGCACAGACCUUCGAUAGGCACGUGCAGUUACGUAUCGCCAAAUUGGAGCGUGAUGCACAAGCGGACAUCAAGAGCUUCGAAGCAUUCAUGGACGUUAUAAGUUCCCGUUUACCAACAGCGAUAAGUCAGAUGACAUUGGGUGAGAUACUCGGUCACAAUAAUCACAGUGAUAAUCGGCAAGAGAAUCAUGACGAGGUGAGCUCGUCCAUCAAAGAUUGUAUGCAACCAUCCGUAGUAUCUAAAUCUAAACUAAGGACAGGAUAUAGAACUGCCAAACGUACCACCACCGCCACCGAUGAUGGAUACGGGACUGAAAGAGGUACCAGUGUGGAUAGCACAUCUCGGGCUACUAAAAUGGAAGCUCCGAAGCUAGAAGUACAGACAACAAAGAGGAGGACACGUAGUUCUAGCAGAGCGAGCAGGGCUCAACUCAGUGAGAUCACUCAGAAGAUGACGACAACUAAAUCCAAAGGCAAUAAGAUAGAUAACUUUAAGACACCAGCAAUGUUAAAGCCCUCAAACAACAUGUAUGAUGUGGUUACGCCAAAAAUCAAGCCUAAUACACCAAUGAAUGUUUUGAGACGUCCACGUCAAGGAGAAAUGGUCCUUAGCAUGCAGGGCAGUCCACUACUGGUUUCUGCUGUUGUUGAAGAAAAAACUGCUAAUAUUAAUGUACCUUUGGGUGAUGGCAAUGUAAUGUCCUUAUUGCCUCAAGAGGGAUUGCGUAUGUCGCAUAUUCCUCCAUUGGAUCCUGAAACGAUGCAACAAUUGGAGACUCUUAAAAACCACAUUGAGAAAGUUAUCUCAUUGAAAUUAUAAAUAUAUCUAUAACAUCUUUUAUAUCAAGAGCAUUUCAAAAAAUUAUUAUUUAAUAUUAAUAUCUUCUAUAGGUGUUACAUUUCCUAACUGGGAAGAAAUAAUUCUUUUUAAUGUAGAAAAGAUUUAUUCAAAUUUGAAAUAUUAAGAUACUAAUCAUGCUGCAGCUCUCGAACAAUAUAUGACAUGGUUACAUCAAAGAUCAAGCUUAAUAAAUUAAACCUGUUGAAUGUACUGAAAUAUCUUAAGAAGAAAUCCUUCAGCAUGUGGAUCACAAUUUACAAUUAGACUCUGCUGUCACAAAAAAUUGUAUUAAUGUAUUUUUGUAUAAUAUCAAUGUGAUGUUCUUUGUUGCAUCAAGAAAGAUUGUGCAUAUUCCUCCAUUGGAUCUUGAAACAAUGCAGCAAAUGAAAAUUAAAAAGUCACAUUGAGAAAAUUAUCAUAUUAAAGUAGCUAUAAAUAUAAGAAAAUAAGUUAUUACAUAGUGUAAUAUAAGUACUUUGUGAAAAAUAUAUCCAUACUUUUUUGUAUUCAUUUGUAUAAAAAAAAAAGUAUAUAAAAGUAAUGAAUCGCUCCCCCCUGUCUCUCUCUCUCUCACUGUUUUUUUGUUCUGAUAUGUUUAAUAAGUAUAUUUUCAAAAAGUUAUUUAAUACUGAGAGUAUCUUUGACAACUAUAGAUUUCAUGUUAGAACACCUCACAAUUUUUUUUAUUGAAAUUGUAAAAAGAUUUAUUCGAAAUAUUUAAUAAAAAGAUUCUUUACAGA